UCUGACAAUAAAAGCUUGACCGCAGACACUCACCGCGAGCACUCCAUCAAUCUAGCUUCAUCUCAUCCAGUCCACAUAUCGGUCUCAGCGCCUCUACCCUGACAACGAUGUGGAACCAAGACCCAUACGAGUACCUUACCAGCGACACAUUCUGGGCUCUGGGCAUCUUCAUUGCGGCAAACGCCGUUUGGAUAGAUCGGCAGAAGAAGCUCUUGGGCAAGCCUAAGAAUGAGGAUAUCAUCUUGGAAGAGCAAGCCUCGGUGACCGACAAUGGCCCGGUCGGUAAUGCUCCGGCCGACAACGUCUCUGUCGACAACACCUCUAUCGAGAGCGCCCCUGUAGAGAACGUCCCUACAGACAAUGAACCUACCAACAAUACAUCCAGCGUUAGUUCACCUCUAGCGAACGCGUCCACCCCGAGCCCCGAAUAUGCCUGGCUAGACCUGCACAUCACCUCCCGCCCUCGCCAGAUCAUCGCCACUGCCGUCGCCACCCUUAUCUUACCGCUGCUGCUUCUCGAAGGCGUAUGGGCCAUCAUACUGGCAUUUCUUGUAACGGUCGAAAUGCUGAAGGCUACGUAUCCCUCAUUUAAGCCGCGAAUCCUGGGCUUUGUUCUAUACCUGCCUCUUACACUCAUCAUGCUACUCGUGUGGUUCAUACUGUUGAAUACGAGCUCGUACUUGGUCAUUGCGCAGUGGAAAUAUAUUCACAUGCUGGUCCAUUACAGGCCGAGUGCCGGUGACCGUUCAAGCCCUGAGGAGGAAGGUUUGAUGGAUUCUGAUGGGGAAUGGCGGGACCUUGAGAAUGGGGAAGGGGUGCAGAGUGGAGAAAGGAGUGAGGGCGAGGAGAAGGCUAGCAAGUAGUGGCCAAACCAUGGGAGAUUGGCGCAUAGGGAUUCUUUCCUUUCUCCGAGAUGUUUCAUAACAUGCAAACGUUCAUGCUCUUUUGAUAC